GGUUUUCUUUCUUUCUUCCCCAUAUAUACACACAUUUUACCCAAGAAAAAAAAAGCCAUUACAGCUCUCCUCUUCUUCGUCACAAAUUCUUCAAAAAAGAGACAAUCAUGGGUAAAGGUCCAGGACUCUACACCGAGAUCGGCAAAAAGGCCAGAGAUCUUUUGUACAAGGACUACCAAGGAGACCAGAAGCUCAGUAUCACCACUUACUCUUCAACCGGGGUUGCAAUCACAACAACUGGAACAAACAAGGGAGAUUUGUUUGUGGGUGAUGUACUUACCCAAAUCAAGAACAAGAACUUAACUGCUGAUAUCAAAGUUGCCUCUGAUUCUUCUAUCCUUACCACUGUCACCUAUGAUGAGGCUACCCCUGGAUUGAAGGCUAUCCUUAGCGCCAAGGUGCCUGAUCAGAAAUCUGCCAAGGUUGAGCUCCAGUAUCUGCAUCCCCAUGCAGGUAUCUGCACCAGCGUUGGACUGACAGCUAGCCCCGUUGUCAACUUCUCCGGUGUGAUUGGAACCAGUGUGUUGGCUCUUGGUACCGAUGUGUCCUUUGACACAGAAUCUGGCAACUUCAAACAUUUCAACGCCGGUGUGAGCUUCACCAAGGAUGAUUUGAUUGCUUCUCUUACUCUGAACGACAAGGGUGAGAAAUUGAAUGCAUCGUACUACCACAUAGUGAACCCGUUGAAGAACACAGUGGUUGGAGCCGAGGUUACCCACAGCUUGAAGAGCCAAGUGAACACGAUAACCGUGGGUGCUCAGCACGCUCUUGACCCAUUGACCACGGUUAAGACACGCGUAAACAAUGCUGGUAUAGCCAACGCACUGAUCCAACACGAGUGGCGUCCGAAGUCGUUCAUCACCAUCUCUGGAGAGGUUGACUCUAAGGCCAUCGAGAAGAGUGCAAAGGUUGGGUUUGCUCUCGCUCUCAAGCCUUGAGCCACUGUCUUCUAAUCUUUUGGAACUAAUCUCUGUCUGGUUUUUUUUUCCCCUUUAAAAAUUGUUCAUUUGUUUUCUUUUUUACAAAAUAAGAAGAAGAAAAAUAAAAACCUAUGAAAGGAUCGUCUUUGAAGAUGAACCAUACAAGUCUCUUUCUUGAUUA